GGCAACGCAGCCACCAGAUAUAAACUGGACGCGGCCAUCGACACAGCUUUGUGGGCUCGGCGACUGCGCAUCUGCACAGCUCGCUAAACCUUUCGCUUUUGCAAUGCAGGUUAGUCAACCAUACGCUCUCUUUUCUAAAAAGUCUAGCAAUUAUUUCCUGGUGCAGUUGCCGAGCCCGCACUGCUGUGUCGCCAUUGCUGUCGAAUGUGCCCAUAUUAUCCAUGCCUUGCUUAUUUUGGCCGGUGAUGUUGAAACGAACCCCGGUCCUGACAUUCCUGAAAGCCUACUAACCGAAUUGCGAAAACUAACCGCUGGUCAGAACCAGCUGAUCACUGAAAUUCAGGGCCUUAAGUCGCAACUUACUUCUACCGACAAAGCAAUUACUGAUCUAAGCAAACGAAUGAACGACCUUGAGGGUCACCACCAGACGCUUUUGCCCAUUCGAAACGAAGUGGAUGCAAUGCGCACCACGACUGAGCAGGCUACUUUUCGCAUUUCCGAGCUCGAAGCACGCAUCGACGAUGCCGAAAAUCGUUCACGGCGGGAUAACUUAAUUUUUUACGGCAUUCCUGAGCCUUCCGGCUCGGAAACCACUGCCGACUGCGAAAGAUUGAUAGUGGAUCUGUGCCGCGAUAAGUUGCAGCUGAUGAUUGAUCCAAAAGAAAUAGAACGUGCACAUCGCAUCGGUCGUCACUCCCCCAAUCACUCUCGCCCCGUCAUAGCGAAAUUUACAUUCCAUAAAACCAAAGUAAACAUCCUUUCGAAUGGCCGAAGGCUUAAAGGCACUGACUACAGUAUUAGUGAGGACUUUUCUCGAUCAGUUCGAAAUUCCCGAAAACAUCUCCUUGCGUUCGCAAAAGGUAAAGGCGUUCCAUUUUCUCUGCGCUUUAAGACCUUGUUCAUUGGUCCAAGAAAAUAUACUUUUGAUGCCGCCUCGAGUAGUGUUAAAGAGGUGGCAUAG